AUGGGCAUGGGUUUUUUGGGACAUUACCUCCUGUCCCAGCACAGCAAUCUGGCUGCCUUCGCCGCAGCAGGGAUCCUCAUCUACCUGGUGUGCCUCUGCGACUCUUUUGCUUCCCAGCGGGCUCCCCUCAUCCUGUCAGAUGGCCUGCACUGCUGCACUGGCAGGGUCAAGGUCUUCCACAAGAACCUGUGGGGAAGAGUAUGUGAUGACCACUGGGGCAUGGAGGAUGCUGGUGUGGUCUGCCGGCAGCUGGGCUGUGGCGUGGUGCUGCCAGCACCCACGGCCGAGCAUUUCAGGGCAGGGUCUGGUCCCAUCUGGCUGGACAACAUCAACUGCACGGGGAUGGAGGUGGCCCUGUCUUACUGCAGCAUGAAGGGCUGGGGAAAGUACAACUGCCACCACGGCGAAGAUGCCGGUGUGGUGUGCUCAAACUCAUCCAGCCACCCUACGACCGUCCGCAUCGGUCCUGCAGAGCUCCGCCUGGUGAAUGGCCCAAAUCACUGCUCUGGAAGAGUAGAGGUGAUGCACAACCACCAGUGGGGAACUGUGUGUGAUGAUGACUGGAGCUUCCCCGACGCCAACGUAGUGUGCCGGCAGCUGGGCUGCACGACCACCACCAACACAUCAUCUCUCCUGCGCCUGGAGAACGGCCACGGCCGCUGCGCAGGGCGUGUGGAGGUGUUCCACCACCGUCAGUGGGGGACGGUGUGCGACAACGGCUGGAGCCUGGCUGAGGCAGCGGUCGUCUGCCGGCAGCUGGGCUGCGGAACAGCCAUCUCAGCCCCGGGCUCGGCUCACUUUGGGCAAGGGUCUGGCCGCAUCUGGCUGGAUAAGGUGAACUGCACGGGGGAAGAAGCUGCCCUCUCCGAAUGCCAGGCCAAGCCAUGGGGAUCCAACAGCUGUGACCAUCGGAGAGAUGCUGGUGUGGUGUGCUCAGCCGAUCCACAUGUGGCCACUUCAGGGCAGCACCCACUGCGGCUGGCAAACGGCUCGAACAACUGCCUGGGGAGAGUUGAGGUCUUUCACGACCAGAAGUGGGGGACAGUGUGCGACGACACCUGGGACCUCCAUGAUGCCGCUGUGGUGUGCAGGCAGUUGGGCUGCGGGAUGGCACUGUCGGCACCGGGCUCAGCUCAUUUUGGACCAGGGUCAGAUCCCAUCUGGCUGGACGGCACUUACUGCACAGGGUCCGAGUCCUCCCUCACCGCCUGUGAGCUGAGCAACUGGGGAGAGCACAACUGUGGCCACAGCGAGGAUGCUGGUGUGGUGUGCUCAGGUGACACCUGA